AUGGAGGAGGGCAACAUGGCUGGCACGCGGAUCGAAGGGCGAUUUAGGGUGCUGUUGGACUAUUUUGAUUCUGAAGAACAAGAACUCGAAAACUUCUUUCUAACUCUGAAACGCAAUGAUGACUUUCUGGAGAAGUGGAAGAUAAUGCUUAGGGCUCUAAUUUUCAUGGUGGUUGAUUUUGAAAAAUGGAGCCAGGUAUGGAACGGGCCCGGAGAACGCGUAAUCUUUGAUCUUUGGCUGUACGAGGUUGAAGAAGCUUUCUAUCAAGCAGAGGAUGUCAUGGAUGAGAUCUUCACUGAAGCUUUGCAACACAGGUUGGCUGCUGAAUCUCAGACCAAGUCAAGUCCUGUAUGGAUCUACGCAAAAGAGAAAGAAAGAAAGAUGGAGGAGAUCCUUUACAGAAUAGAUUGCUUUUUGAAGGUAGGAGAUGCGCUAGAUUGGAUUGGAGGCGAAGAAUACGAUGUAUACCGGAUGAAAUUACAAAAGAUCCGAUUCAAUCCCAUCUGGGGUUACGAGUAUCCGGGAAACUUUAUAUAUUUUGUGGAUGAGUCUGAAGUAUUCGGUAUGGACGUUAAGAAAGAAGAAUUUAUGAAUAUCUUGCUGUCCCAUGGUACAUAUGAUAAAGAGUUGUCUGUAAUUCCGAUACAGGGUCAGUCUGGAAUAGGCAAGACCACACUUGCUCGGAUCAUUUACAACGAUCCCAUCGUUGGCCAACAUUUUGAUCUCAAGGCCUGGUUUCGCGUUGGUGAUUUUAAGUUGGUCACCAUGACAAAAGCCAUCUUUGAGUCUUUCAAUUUGCAGUCUUUUGAUCUCGAGGAAUUAAAUUUGCAGUCAGGACUAGAUUCGGACCAACUCCAAGUAAAAUUGCAAGAGUACCUUAGGGGAAAGAGAUUUUUACUCGUUCUAGAUGAUGUGUGUUCUUUUAAUAAAGACUGGAAAGUCUUUCGAUCUACUUUAACAGGAGCUGCUGCCAACAAAUGUUGUGUUAUUGUAACUACAUGCGAGGAAGAUUGUGCAUCAUUGAUCAGUACUGUCGAUGUUUAUCGAAUGGAGCCAUUAUUAGAAGAUGAAAGUUGGUCGCUGUUUGCAAAAUUUGCUUUUGGCAACCUAAUCCCUAGUUCCUAUCCAGAACUAGAACCUAUUGGCAGAAAAAUUGUGCGUCGUUGUGACGGUGUGCCUUCAAUAGUAAGAACACUAGGGUCUCUCUUGCGAUUUAAGCUACAAGUUGAGGAUUGGAAGACUGUAAAGCAAAAACUUAAGACUUAUCAAAGAUCUGUGCAUUUUCAGUUUCAUGAUAAAUGGAUGCGGGGCUUAGAUGAUCUUCCUGGAAAUCUGAAGCAAUGCCUUAGAUAUUGUUCAUUAUUUCCCAAUGAUUAUGAGUUUAAAAAAGAGAGCCUUGUCCUUUUAUGGAUGGCAGAAGGUCUUCUAGAUAGACAGAGAAUGGAAAAGACUGGUUACGAAUACUUUGAUCAAUUGUUCUCGGAAGAACAUUUUUCAUCAUCCUUAGGUCGUGAUGUUGUUGAUAUGCCUUUCAAGAUGUUCAAUCAAAAGGAGGACUCCAGUUUCUCUUCUAGAUAUUUCGUCAGAUUGGAGGAAAACUCCUUUUCUCAAUUCUCUGUAAGUAUCAGGCAUUUGUCACUUUUUUUCAGAAGCCAAUAUGAUUCCACAGUGAUAUUUAAGGCCAUUGAUAAAUCCAAUUUUUUAAGGACCUUUUUGCCACUGGGUCAUGGAUCAUGUCAUUUAAGUAGUGAUGAACUGCAUAAUUUGUUGUCCAAACUGCAAUUCUUACGAGUGCUUUCUUUAUCCCGUUAUCAUAUCACUGUGUUACCUGUCUCCAUUGGCAAUUUGAAACAUUUACGGUAUAUCGAUCUCUCUCACACCCCAAUUAAUAGGUUACCUGAAUCAAUUUGUGACCUUUGCAAUUUACAGACUUUAAUAUUGCCAAAUUGCCAUUCUCUAACUGAAUUGCCACAAAUCAUGUGGAAGCUUAUUAACUGCGUCAUCUCAACAUUUGUGGAACUGACUUAA